AUGGAGCGCAGCCGUGGCGUCCCCGAUUCGGAGCUGUUCCUGAGCAAGCCCGCGCCAGAAGACUGCGACAGCCCGACGGUCGAGCCGUUGCGCAUCUUCAAGCCUCAGAGCCCCGAGCCUUAUUCUCGCGUGUCCUCGACCUCCUCCAACAGACCGACCUUCCCGCUGCCUCCGGGUGCGUCGAGCUCUGCGGCGCCCUUGCCGUUCCCAGAUGACGACGACAUUCACAAGCCGAUUGUUCCAAAGCCGACUGCCCCCAAGCCCUACGGCUCUGCCUACAACGACCCUUCCUACAACGAUACGAGCCCGAGACUGGACACCAAUGUCGGCGCCGAGAAGAAGCCUGGUCUGGCCGAGAGGCGAGGUGCAGCGCCCAAGCCCAUCCACUCUCCCUCCAGCCCUGAUACCGACUAUGGCCUCUUUGCGAAACCGUUGCAGGACAAGCCUGCCGCCUCAACGACAAACUACCCGACCUACCAGAAGACGUACUACCCGCCGCCGGGAGCAGCUUCGUCCGGACCAUCGGGCAGCGCUUCAGCGCAGCCUCAGCAAUACCAGCAGCCGCAGCACUACCAGCAGCCUCAGCCCCAUGCGCCGCAGCAGCCUCCCAAGGUCCCCCAGGCGGACCAUCUGGCUGCCGCUGAUUCCGGUGUCAAUCGUUUCGCUUCUACGGCAUCCAACUCGACUACCAGAGCCAGCCGGGGCUCGCCUCCGCCCCCGGAGACUCCCAUCGUAGGACCCGGAAGCGUGCCAGGAGGCGGCAUCGAGGCCCGGUAUGCGGCGUCGGGCAUCUCGGGCACGGCAACCCUCACCAGCCUCCAAACCGCCCAGGUUCAGAGUGCCGCGGCCGCGCAAAGGCUGGCACAUUACAACAACCAGCAGCCCCAACCCCAGCGACCCUGGACGCCUACAGAGUCUCCCGAUCAGGCCCCGUCGGGUCCUCCAACUGUAUACCAGGGCAUGAACCCCGUUUCUUCUCCCCAGCCGCAGCACCCAGUCAGCAGCCCUCCUCCUCAGCAACACCCAGCUCAGAACCAGGGCAACGCUCCGCCUCAAGUCAGUGUCCUGGAGCAAGAUUUCCAGCGCAUGUCCACCAGCUCUCCUCCGCCAGCUUACUCGAGUGUAAACCCCAGCGGGAGAUCGUCCUAUCCUAAUGAGAAACAGCGGCCACAGCAAGCCAACCAAACGCCCGGCCCCUCUGCUAUCCCAGCCGGUGUUCCGUUCCAAGCUUCUGCGUCCGCUUCCGCGCCGCCAGUCAAAGAUACUGUAGUGGCCGCGGCUACGGCGGCAGCCACUGCUGCUGCUGCUGCCGGCCUCAGCUCUGCGGCUCCCCAUAACCAGGGCCAUCCUGCGUUUGCAAACGAUCCCAGACCCGAGCCAGUCAUUCAGCAUACUCAGGUUAUUUCUGUGCCUCCGAAUCUCGCAGCGGCCGGGCCGGCCUCGCCUCCGCCUUUGCCUGAAGGAUGGAUUGCCCAUCUCGAUCAGAACUCAGGUCAGUACUAUUAUAUCCAUCUGGCGACGCAGGCGACCCAGUGGGAGUUUCCCAAGGGCCCCAAUCCCAUCCAGCAUGAGCAAGCCCCCCUUUCGCCAACAGCGUCGACAUACGGAAACCCACUGGCUUCCCCUAUGUUUGGCAAGACGCCCAUGGCGUCUCCCAUGUUUCCUCCGCACACGCCCGGAUACGCUGAAAGCAUCAUGAGCGUU